AUGCCGUCAGUACGGGUCCCGGAAAAGGGCGCGCCGGCGCCGAAGUUUAAGAAGCCCGUAAAGGUAAAGGCAAAGGGCCUGAAGCGCAAGCGGGACGAGGAGGAGCUGGCGGAGCUGGAGAGGAGGGUUGCGGAGUUUGAUUUGCAAGCUACAGAGUUCACGGAAUUGCCGUUGACGAAGCAGACGGCGGCGGGAUUGCAUCAGGCGCAUUUCAAGACGCUGACGGAUAUCCAGCGCAAGGCGAUCCCGCUCGCGCUGAAGGGCCGUGAUGUGCUGGGCGCGGCGAAGACGGGGAGUGGCAAGACGCUUGCGUUCCUUAUUCCUGUCCUCGAGAUCCUCUACCGCAAGAAAUGGACCACCCUCGACGGCCUCGGCGCCCUCAUCAUCUCGCCAACCCGCGAGCUCGCAACCCAGAUCUUCACCGUGCUGCGCACCAUCGGCGGCCACCACGCCUUCUCCGCCGGCCUCGUCAUCGGCGGCAAGAGCGGCAAGGAGGAGCGCGACGCGCUGCACAAGAUGAACAUCGUCGUGUGCACGCCCGGCCGCAUGCUGCAGCACCUCGACCAGACCUUCGGCCUCAACGUCGACAACGUGCAGCUGCUCGUGCUCGACGAGGCCGACCGCAUCCUGGACAUGGGCUUCCGCGCCACCGUCGACGCCAUCGUCGCGAACCUGCCAAAGUCCCGCCAGACGCUCCUCUUCUCCGCAACCCAGACGAAGAAUGUCGCCGACCUGGCCCGCCUGAGCCUAAAGGACGCCGAGUACGUGGCGGUGCAUGAGGCGGCGGACGCGGCGACCCCCAAGGGGCUAGAGCAGUUCUAUAUGGUGGUGCCGCUGCACGAGAAGCUCGACACGCUGUUUGCGUUCCUGCGCUGCCAUCUCGCCGCAAAGAUCAUCGUCUUCAUGACGGCGUGCAAGCAGGUGCGCUUCGUCCACGAGACGUUCCGGCAGCUGCACAUUGGCCUCCCCUUGCUGCACCUGCACGGCAAGCAGAAGCAGGCGGCGCGCGCAGAGGUCGCGCGCCGCUUCGCGGCCGCCAAGAGCGGCUGCCUGUUUGCGACGGAUGUGGUGGCGCGCGGACUCGACUUUCCGGCCGUCGACUGGGUGGUGCAGAUGGAUGCGCCCGAGGACGCGGACACGUAUAUCCACCGUGUGGGCCGCACCGCGCGCUUUGAGAGGGCGGGGCGGGCGGUGCUGUUUUUGGCGCCGAGUGAGGAGGCGCCGUUUGUGGAGCGCCUGCAGGCGAAGAGGGUGCCGGUGGCGAGGGUGAACCCGAAGGCGGCGAAGAAGCAGAGCGUGCAGAGUCAGCUGCAGGGGCUGUGCUUUAAGGAUCCGGAGAUUAAGUAUUUGGGGCAGAAGGCGUUCGUGAGCUACUGUAGGAGCGUUAGUGUGCAGAAGGAUAAGGAGGUGUUUAAGCUCGAGGAGCUGCCGCUGGAGGAGUAUGCGGCGUCGCUGGGGCUGCCGGGGGCGCCGAGGAUUAGGGGGGUGAGGGGGGCGGAUGCGGAGAAGGUGAAGGAGAUGAAGAAUGCGCCGAGGGGGUUGAAGGCGCUGGAGAAUAUGCCGAGUGGGGAGGAGGAGGAGGAGGAGGAGGAGGAGGAGGGUGGGGUGAGGAGGGCGAAGAAGAAGGAGGUUAGGACGAAGUAUGACCGCAUGGUCGAGAGACAAAACCAAAACGUCCUCGCAGACCACUACAAGAACCUCAUCGUCGACGACCCCACCGCCACCGCCGCCCCCGACAACGAAGACGACGACGACUUCCUCACCGUCAAGCGCACCGGCUACUCCAGCGACAGCGACCUCUCCACCACCUCCUCCACCACCACCACCACCACCACCACCAAACCAAAGACCAUCGACCUCGGCGGCAAAGACCUCACCAUCGCCUCCAAGCGCCGCGAGAAACUAAUGACCUCCCGCAAGGAGCUCGCGAAGCUCAAGCCGCGGGGGACGAAGCUCGUCUUUGACGACGACGGCAAUGCGCACGCGCUGUAUGAGCUGCAGGGGCUCGAGGCGUUCCGCGCGGAUGGGAGCGCGGAGGAGCAGCGCAGGGCGUUUGUGGCGGUGGAGGGGGAGAGGGUGAAGGUGGCGGAUGUGGAGGAUAGACGGGUGGCGAAGGAGAAGAGGCGGGAGAGGAGGGAGAGGAGGAGGAGGAGGGAGAAGGAGGAGGAGGAGAGGGCGAGGGCGAGGGCGGGGAGUGGGGAGAGUGGUGGGGAGAGUGGUGGGGAGAGUGGCGGGGAGGGUGGGGGGUUGCUGCCGUAUGAGGCGCCGCCGCGGGUGGAGAGUGAAGAGGAGGAGGAGGAGGAGGAGGAGGAAGAGAGGGGCGCAAAGAGGCAGAGGAAGUGGUUUGAGGAUGAGCCGGAGGAGGAGAGGGGGAGGAAGGGUAGGGGGAGGGUCAUUGAGGCCGCGGAGGAGCCGGAGACUUUGGAGGACUUGGAGGCGCUGGCUAGUGGCUUGCUGGGGUAG